AUGUCUGCACUCUAUGAAAAGAUAGAAGAACUGAUAGAGGAAGAGUUGGAGAAGGCCGAAGUAGACAGAUGCAGUUUGAUGUUUAAGGAUUGUCGCAAUCGUGGAAACAACUUUAACGAUUUGCUCACUCUCUUUACCGACAGACAACAAAUGAAACAAGGUUUAAAAAUUGAUAGAUCGGCCAAACAUCGUGUCGAACCACCAGCCAAAUUACAAAACCUCGACGACGACAAUCUAUUGCAAAUGAUCCGAUCCGAGUUUAUGGACUAUCGUGACUCUCUUGAAGGCGCCAUCAUCAACAUGUCCGAUACAAACUAUAUCAAAAUCUUGGGCAAUGUUCUGUCCAUGACCUUCCUCCUCUACUCGGUUCUAAUGAGAGAUGCUUGUCUCCAAGGAAAGGCAUGGGGACUCCCUGACAAGUAUGUCGACGGUGACGGAGGUUCUGUCAAGAGUUUAAAGCAGAUUCUUCACGACCAGACCCAAUCGUUCCACGAUAGUAUUGCCAACGGUUCAGCUCAAUACAGUGAUCAAUUGAACCAUAUCUCUUAUUCUUCGCCAAUUCAUGAUUAUCCAGAUAAUGCAUACAAAUUAUAUGGAAUGAUGAAUGAACUUGAUUUCAUUGAAUAUCCAAAUGUAGUGGAGAGAGUUGAUAGUACAUCAUCAAUAUUUUUAGUACCAUAUGAUGGCACACCAAAAACCUUUAAACUAAACUUUACGGGAGGAAGUUCAUCAAAUUCAUUCUGUGCAGUUAAUCCUCAUCAUGAUACCGUUUCAGGAAAUCAAGCUGGUUUAUUCCUAGAUGGAUAUGAAAAAAAACAACCAGCAUACUUUACACUGGUUCCUCAAGGAACCUUUUUUGGUAUUGUAUCAAUCAAACUAGCUACCUAUAGCUAUUACGACUUUCAUAUCACGAUCGAUUGCAAUUCACCAGGUUUCACAACAACAUUUGAUUCAAGUGACCAAAACAAUGGUUCCAUUUUCAGAGCUAGCUAUCCUUAUUUUCCAUAUGCUAGUGAUUCUCAAAAAAAGGUUUCACUAGCUUUCACGAGUCCAUCUGUCAACUGUAGUUAUGCACCAUUCCUCAGUUUCUCAUUGAACGCAGAUGACAUCCAACUCACUUCCAUCGAGGCUACUAUUGUGCCAAUCCCAUCAUCCAAGUUGUAG